UAAAGAAUGCGCUUAACAUGGUUACCGAAGAGGACUGUUCUUGCGCUGAUACAGAACCAUCGAAUCUCACGUCCUUGCGUUCGGAUGACGCUACCUCGGCUAUAAAUUCCGAUGUAAAUGCGGUCUGCGUUGAAACGAUCGAGGAAGCAGUCGAAGAGCCCAAAGAAACAGACUGUAAAUGUCCUGAUGCAUCGCCAGUCGCAACUUACUGUGUAACAGCCGAUACUCCGUCCGCGGUCCCAGGAAGACCGGAUCGCCAGCUACAGCGGGAGAAACCAAGGAGUCAACCACCGACGACGCGAUUUAAACCAAGUUUCCCGUGCCCCUGCCACAGCCACAAAAUCAACGGCUACGUUCUGCCUGUGAAAAUCAAGGAAGAUAAACCGCAAUCGCGUCCGUUUUGGAGCCGCUUCACUCGGAAACGAUCGAGAAACGGUGUCGGUAAAGGGGACAAAAUGUACGAGAUAAAAUUGAAACAGGUUCAGUGUCCUCACUAUGCCAAAAUGCGUGUAAACGGGGCGCGUGAACAUCUCGACACGGUGCAGCCGCCGAAUGAAUUUCAAUCCUUUGUCUUCCAUCCGUCUUCCGAAGGACUGCCGGAAGGGAUACCGAAUAUAUGCCAAAAUGCCAAAUGUGAAGCUGACAAAUCGAAAUUGCCUAAAUAUCCGGCGAAAACAAAACCGAAGAGGAAAGAAGUAGCGGAGAAAAUAGAGAUCUACUAUUUCGAUCAUGGAAGCUCCGCAUAUUAUCGAACGACCGACUGCCAUCCUGUAUUAAUCACGGACAGAUGCGCUGAAAAAACCGACCAGGCAGCAACCCGAUUUUGGGCGGAAAUCUUCGGCACGAUUCACAUCGGUAUCGCCUUUGUCACAGCUUUUAUCCUGCAGCUUCUUCGCUUUGUGCUCUACAGUGUGAUUCGGACGCUGAUAGUGGGAUUAAUUCAAAUGUUAGCGGAUUACCUUCUGAAACCAAUGCUGUCCAUUCUGUUUAACGCUCUCAUACAGCCAAUACUAAUUCUUCUUUACAAUAUCGCCACGUCAUUGAGGGAUCUCUGCGAACCGAUAGCCGAGGCGUUUGGACUAUUUCUGAGGGAGAUCGCGAAUCUCUGUGCCGCAAUCAGAAUCGUGGAGGUGAAACACGUUCACACGCCGACCACCGUUUCUACUUGAGCUCGCAAAUUGGAGAUUCUCGAAAAUCCAGCAGUUUUAAUAACUGCUCAACUGAAGAUUUUCGAUCGAUUUCCGCGUGUUGGAAAUUGUGGACUCAUUUCUGAAAGGAAUCUGCAUACUCACGCAACGCACAUUUAAUUCGCCACCAACAUGCCUUAACACCAGGUAUAUAUUUGGUAUUAUUUUAACUUUACAAUAUUAUUAUUGUAUCAUUUUUUACAGAACAAAGUAUCUUAUAGCAACUAGCUUUGUCAAUAAUAAUCAAUACUCGUUCUUUGUCAC